AGGUCCCGCCCCGGGAGAGGCGGGCCGGCCGGGACUAUUUGAGGCGCGGAGCCACCGCCCCGCCAGGGAUCGUACCACCUCGCUUGAAGUUGCCCCCCGCAGCAAGCUAACUAGGGAGCGCUGGGCUGUGGGGAAAAUGGCAGACAGUUUUUCACUUAAUGAUGCUUUGUCUGGAUCUGGAAACCCAAACCCUCAAGGAUGGCCUGCCGCAUGGGGAAACCAACCUGCUGGGGCAGGGGGCUACCCAGGGGCCGCCUAUCCUGGUGCCUACCCUGGACAGGCACCUCCAGGCGCCUACCCUGGACAGGCGCCUCCAGGAGCCUACCCUGGACAGGCGCCUCCAGGAGCCUACCCUGGACAGGUGCCUCCAGGAGCCUACCCUGGCCCCACAGCACCUGCUUAUCCUGCACCAACUGCACCAGGAGCCCACCCUGGGCAACCGAGUGGGCCUGGGGUCUACCCUCCUCCUGGACAGCCAAGUGCUCCUGGAGCCUACCCUGCUGCUGGCCCCUUUGGCGUCCCUGCUGGACCACUGACUGUGCCUUAUGACCUGCCUUUGCCUGGAGGAGUCAUGCCUCGCAUGCUGAUAACAAUUCUGGGCACCGUAAAGCCCAAUGCAAACAGACUUGCUUUAGAUUUCAAGAGAGGGAAUGAUGUUGCUUUCCACUUUAACCCACGCUUCAAUGAGGACAACAAGAGAGUCAUUGUUUGCAAUACAAAGCUGGAGAAUUUAUGGGGAAAGGAAGAAAGACAAUCAACUUUCCCAUUUGAAAGUGGUAAACCAUUCAAAAUACAAGUGCUGGUUGAAUCUGACCACUUCAAGGUUGCGGUCAAUGAUGCUCACUUGUUGCAGUACAAUCAUCGGAUGAAAAAUCUCCACGAAAUCAGCAAACUGGGAAUUUCUGGUGACAUAGAUCUCACCAGUGCUUCACACACAAUGAUAUAAUCUUACAGGGAAAGAUUUAAAAAAAUGAAAUUGAAUAUGAACCCUUAGACAUUUAAAUCUCAUGUUUACUGACUGAAAAAUUUUACCUUUAUUCAUCAAUGUCCUUCUUGUAAAUCGCUCAUUUAAUAAACAUUCUAAGAGUUA